AUGGGCGCUGAGGUCCUGGAGGCGCCUUGUCGCCGCCACUGGGCGGACUUCAACCCAGGUGCAAGAGCAGCCCCCUCCUGGGGUUUCCUCCUCAUCCCCAAACAGCGUCCCCGUGGGACGCUCCAGCGCCUCCUAGGGGUGCCCUUCCCCCUCCGGGUGCACCGCGACAUUCUGCAGAACGGCGGGUCACCGGCCCCCUCUCCUCCCCAACCCUGGAUCCCGCCCGGUCAGGGCGCCGUCACCCCUCCCUACGUGGCCGUGGGCUGCACACCAGUGCUGCUGCUGGUGGCCGUGGCACUGACCAGGACUGGAGCGGCUCCUGUCACCAGGCACCUCAGGGCCCUCUCGGAUGCAAGGGGCUGCCACAUAGCCCAGUUCAAGUCCCUGUCCCCAAAGGAGCUACAGGCCUUCAAGACGGCCAAAGACACCUUAGAAGAGGCCCUCCCGCUGAGGGACCGCAGGUGCGGCUCCCGCCCCUUCCCCAGGCCCUGGAGCCUGAGGCGGCUGCAGGACUGGGAGCGCCCGGUGGCCCUGGAGGCCGAGCUGGCCCUGACGCUGAAGGUCCUGGGGGCCGUGGCCAACAGGACCCUGGGGGACGUCCUGGACCGGCCCCUUCGCACCCUGAGCUACCUCCGGUCCCAGCUCCAGGCCUGCGGCCCGGCUGCGCCCACGGCAGGCCCCAGGCCCUGGGGCCGCCUCCAGCACUGGCUGCACCGGCUGCAGGUGGCCCCGAGGAAGGAGUCCCCGGGCUGCCUGGAGGCCUCCGUCACGUUCAACCUCUUCCGCCUCCUCACCCGGGACCUGAAAUGUGUCGCCAGCGGACACCUGUGCGCCUGA